AUGGCUGGUUUAGAAAUUCAUGAAGCAGCGGCUACUGGAGAUCACGAAGCUUUAGAAGAUUUUCUCAAGACUAAAAAAUUUAACGUGAACCUGAAAGAUGUAGAAUAUCACAAGAAAACAGCUUUACACUGGGCCUGUGCAAGAGGUUAUUCAGAAUGUGUGAGAAUAUUAUUAGAUUAUGGAGCUAAAGGAACAAGUCGAACUGAUGAGGGUUGGACACCAGCUCAUUCUGCUGCCGAGGCUGGAAGAACAGCAGCUCUCAGAGCUCUACAUACAGCUAAUAUACCAGUUAAUAGAAAAGAUAAAUAUGGUGAUAAACCCAGGCGGAUCGCUGUUAUUUAUGGUCAUGCUGAAACAGUCAAAUAUCUGGCACAGUAA